CCUACAAAGUACUCACAACCUCGACCCCACGCCAAAAGUCACCUUGAAGUACGCCAAAAUGGCCCAGAAGGGAGAGCAUUUGUUCCAGCGACCUCUCUAUGUGUUUGAUCUGCCUGAGGAACUGCUAGCCACACUCAGCCUCAAGAACCAGCCUGACCGACCCGUACAAGAAACCUCUCCUCCAGCACACUCACCAGCAAACGAACCGUCAGAAAAGGCAGAGACAGAAGACAGCAGCCCCGUAAAGGCCACUUCAUGCAGCCUUUGCGGGCUGAACUUCGCCUCAGUCGCAGAACAGCGCACCCAUAUUCGGUCCGAUCUCCAUGGCUACAAUCUGAAGCAGAGGAUAAAGGGCGCGAAGCCAGUCGGCGAGGCAGACUUUGAGAAGCUCAUCGGGGACUUGGACGAGAGUAUCUCAGGCUCCGAGUCGGACGAGUCGGACGAGGAUGAAGACGAGGAGGACGGGAACAAGCCAAAGGAGUCUACGUCGAGCGCGCUCCUCAAGAAACAGGCUAAGAUUUCGAAUCCAGAAUUCGACGAGUUUGCGUCGAGGAAGAAGCACCAUGGCGCAGGGAAGCCUCCGUUGUUCUGGUUCUCAUCGCCAGCGGUUCCUGAUAACAUGUCACUUGGAGUCUAUCGCGCAAUCUUCACGAACGAAGAGCAGGAAGAAGAGUCACACAUCUUAGAAACAAUACGAAAGAAGCAGCUCUCGCCAACACAGCCGCCAAAAGGCAAGUCUGAUGGUGGUGUGCCUCUCCCUGGAACAGACAUUGGCCCGCACUACUUCCUCUGCAUGAUCGGGGGUGGCCACUUCGCCGCCAUGGUUGUUGCAUUGGCCCCAAAGAUGGGAAAGAAACACACCGGAGUAGACGAGCGGUCAGCAACCGUCAUUGCGCACAAGGGCUUCCACAGAUACACGACUCGACGAAAGCAGGGUGGGUCUCAAUCAGCAAACGACAACGCGAAGGGCAAUGCGCACUCGGCAGGUUCCUCCAUCCGUCGAUACAACGAGACCGCACUCGUCAAUGAAGUGCGUGAGCUGCUGUCGAGCUGGAAGACUAUGAUCGACACCGCAGACCUAGUGUUCGUUCGGGCGACUGGGAGCACAAAUCGACGGACGUUGUUUGGGCCUUACGAGGGGCAGGUACUUCGAAACAAUGACCCACGAAACAGAGGGUUUCCAUUCAGCACUCGGCGAGCGACGCAGAAGGAGCUUAUGCGCGCUUUCGUCGAGCUCACAAGAGUCAAGCAGAGCACCAUCGACGAAGCUGCACUGGCUGCACUGAACGCUCCCCAGACCGACAGCUCUCCCGCAACACCUGCCCCUGCGAAACCAAAGCCUCAGAAGCUAUCCAAGGAAGACGAGGCCAUAACACUGCACACGUCUCAGAUCAUUCCUCUGAUAAGAAGAUCGAAGGUCCCGGGUCUUCUCAACUACCUCAAGACGAACAACAUCCCCCCAACGUUCACCUUUCUACCUGUCAACCACCACACGCCUACGCCCCUCCAUCUCGCCGCAUCCCUCAACUCCGCGCCUAUCGUCACCGCCCUCCUAACCAAAGCAGGCGCAGACCCAACACUCAUGAACGACGACGCCCGAACGCCCUUCACUCUAGCCGGCGACCGCGCAACCCGCGACGCCUUCCGCGUCUCCCGCUCGGAGCUCGGCGAAUCUGCCUGGGACUGGGAGACAGCCGGCAUCCCCGCCGCCCUGUCGAAAGCCGAAGCUGAGAAGCGCGAUGCACAAGACAAAUCGGAGAAGGCAGCACAGGACAAAUCAGAGUCUGAGCGCAGAAAGGCAGAGACGGAGCGGUUGAGGAAGGAAAGCGAGGCGCAAGAGACGAGUAAAAGGGAACAGCGUAUUGGGAAGGGGAAGGCACUGGGGGCGCUGCCUGUUAAGACGGGGGCGGAGCUGAGGGAGGAGGAGGCUAGGGGGUUGACGCCCGAGGCGAGGGCGAGGAUUGAGAGGGAGAGGAGGGCGCGAGCGGCGGAGGAGAGGAUGAAGAGGUUGCAGGGUAAAUAAGCUUGGUACCUAGACCGUCGUGGGAAUCAAGCGAUUCAGUGACACUCCUCGUUUUGAGCGGUGGCGAUUAUUUUAUU